AUGAUCAGAUCUCUCAGACCUACAUUUCUCAAACAUUCUUGGUCUAAAUUUCCAACAACAAGAGCUGCAAUCCUCUAUGCUCGUGGUUAUGCCACUGCAACACCUGAAGAAGUUGAGGAACUUCGUCAAGCUACUGUCGACUUUUGUAAAGCAGAAAUUACCCCAGCCGUGGCUCACCAAACAGAUCUUGAAAAUAAUUUCCCUAACCAAUUAUGGAAGAAAAUGGGUGAUGCCGGACUUCUCGGAAUUACCGCUGCUGAAGAAUACGGUGGAUUAAAAGCUGGAUACAUGGCUCAUCUUGUCGUCAUGGAAGAACUUUCACGUGCUUCAGGUUCAAUUGGUCUUUCUUAUGUUGCUCACUCUAACCUCUGCAUUAAUCAACUUUCUCGUUAUGUAACCCCAGAACAAGGCAAAAAAUAUCUACCAGAUCUUAUUGCUGGUAAUAAAAUUGGUGCUUUGGCCAUGUCUGAAGCUGGUGCUGGUUCCGAUGUUGUUUCUAUGAAACUCACUGCUAAACCAACUGAUGAUGGUUCUGGUUAUAUUCUAAAUGGUACAAAACUUUGGAUUACAAACGGUCCUGAUGCUGACACUCUGGUAGUCUAUGCCAAAACUGACCCCACUAAAGGUCCAAAGGGUAUUACAACAUUCAUUAUUGAAAAAACAAUGCCUGGAUUCUCUGUCUCUCGUAAACUUGAUAAACUUGGUAUGCGCGGCUCAAACACUGGUGAACUUGUUUUUGAUAAUGUCUUUGUCCCUAAAGAAAAUAUUCUUGGUCAACUCAACAGGGGUGUUUAUGUUCUCAUGACUGGUCUUGAUUACGAACGUUUACUUCUCUGUGGUGGUCCUCUUGGUCUUAUGCGUGCUGCUCUUGAUGAAACUCUUCCAUAUGUCCACCAACGAACCCAAUUUGAUCAACCAAUUGCCCACUUCCAACUUAUCCAAGGGAAAAUGGCUGACAUGUAUACAAAAUUUGCUUCUUCAAGAGCUUAUGCAUAUGAAGCUGCACGUGCUGCUGAUGCCGGUGUUCUCACAGCCCGUGACUCAGCUGGUGCCCUGCUCUAUUCUGCUGAACGUGCUACUGAAGUUUGUCUUGACGCUAUUCAAUGUAUGGGUGGUAUGGGCUAUGUCAAUGAAACUUCGGUAGGAAGACUUCUUCGUGACGCAAAACUCUAUGAAAUUGGUGGUGGUACCAGCGAAAUCCGUCGCAUGGUCAUUGGAAGAAGUUUUAACAAGGAAUACGCUCAAUAA